AUGGUCCGCCUUACUUCGCUGCUGGCUGCGGCCGGCAUCGCCCGUGCGGCCGUCGCAUCGAGCAGCACUACGGCGCCCGCCGCCCCCGAGAUCGUUCCUGGUGCUUACAUCGUUGAGUAUGAGGGCGAUCAGGACACCAAUGCCUUCGUCAAAGAGCUCGGCGGCGAGGCUUCCCUGCGCAAGGAUCUGCGCUUCAAGCUGUUCAAGGGCGCUUCCAUCCAGUUCAAGGACACCAAGAAUGCUGAGAAGCUGGCUGCCGAGCUGGCCGACCUGCCCAAGGUCAAGAACGUUUUCCCCGUGCGCCGUUACCCACUGCCCCGCCACACUAUCCAUUCCGUGGGCAGCACCGUCGCGAACAUUGCCGAGUCGCUCAAGAAGCGCGACAAUGGCACCGAUACAUUCUCGACCCACCUGAUGACCCAGGUCAACAAAUUCCACGACGCUGGUAUCACGGGUCAGGGCAUCAAGAUUGCCGUCAUUGACACUGGUAUUGACUACAGACACCCCGCGCUCGGUGGCUGCUUCGGCCCCGGCUGCCUGGUGUCGUACGGCAGCGACCUUGUCGGCGACGACUUCAACGGCAAGAACACACCGGUGCCGGACCCCGAUCCGGUUGACUCGUGCAAUGGCCACGGCACCCACGUCGCUGGUAUCAUUGCUGCCCAGUCUAACAACCCCUACGGCAUCAUCGGUGCCGCUCAGGGCGUUACCCUCGGCGCUUACCGUGUGUUUGGCUGCGACGGUGAUGUCGGCAACGAUGUGCUGAUUGCUGCUUACCUCAUGGCCUAUGAGGCCGGUAGCGACAUCAUCACUGCUUCGAUUGGUGGUCCCUCCGGCUGGGGUGAGGACCCCUGGGCUGCUGUUGUUUCACGCAUCGUCGAGGCCGGCGUCCCUUGCGUGGUCUCGGCCGGUAACGACGGCGCCACUGGCAUCUUCUACGCUUCUACUGCUGCCAACGGCAAGAAGGUCACUGCCAUCGCGUCCAUCGACAACACUGAGACCCCUGCUCUGUUGAGCAAUGCUUCCUACACUGUUGCUGGUGGCCCUGCUACGGCCUUCGGCUUCACUGCUGGCGAACCUGGCGAGUGGCCCGAUGUCACUCUGCCUCUGUGGACUGUUAACUACAACACCUCCGAUCCGGCCCACGGCUGCGACCCCUACCCCGAUGAUACCCCUGAUCUGUCUGACCGCAUUGUUCUUAUCCGUCGUGGUACUUGCACGUUCGUCCAGAAGAUCACCAAUGCUGUGGCUAAGGGUGCCAAGUAUGUGCUCUUCUACAACAAUGUCGCUGGCACUGUCACGGUCUCUGGCAAGGUUGACGGCGUCGAGGCCGUCGCCAUGGUCACUGCCAAGCAGGGCGAGGAAUGGGUACGCGCUAUGGAGGCUGGCCAGGAGGUCGUCGUCACCAUGACCGACCCGUCCAAGGCCGGCAAGUUCCUUACUGUCUUCGAGAACACUGCUACUCCAGGCUACAUGAGCGAGUUCACCUCCUGGGGUCCUACCUUUGAGGUCGACGUAAAGCCCCAGUUCGGUGCUCCCGGCGGUAUGAUUCUCUCGACUUACCCCAUCCACAUGGGCGCUUAUGCCGUCCUCUCCGGUACCUCCAUGUCCUGCCCCAUGGCGGCUGCCAUCUACGCCCUGCUCAUGAAUGUCCGCGGUACCAAGGACCCCAAGACCCUGGAGAACGUGCUGUCUGCUACUGCUAAGCCCAACUUCUUCCGCUCCGGCGGCCAGACCCCCGAGCCUCCGCUCCUCGCGCCCGUCGUGCAGCAGGGUGCCGGUAUCCUCCAGGCCUGGGACGCCGCCCACGCGACUACCCUCCUGAGCGUCUCCUCGCUCUCUUUCAACGACACCGAGCACUUCGUUCCCUACCAUCACUUCAGCGUCUCCAAUACUGGCAAGUCCGAGGUUACCUAUAAGCUCGGUAACGUCGGUGCUGCGACCGCUUACACCUUCGCCGAGGCUACUGACAUUACCCCGAUGAAAUUCCCCGGCGAGAUCACCGCCGACUUCGCCUCGCUCGCCUUCGAGCCUGCCGAGUUCACACUUGCCCCUGGCCAGCGCAAGGUCAUCAAGGUGACUGCCACCCCACCGAAGGGUGUCGACGUCGACCGUCUCCCCGUCUGGUCCGGCUACGUGACCAUUAACGGUACCGACGGCUCCAACUUGUCCCUGCCCUAUGUCGGUGUCUCCGGCAGCCUGAAGGCGCACACCGUCCUCGACGAGCGGAAGACAUACCUGUCCCGUGGCUCCGAUGAGGAUAACACCCCCAUCUUGAGCAAUGACGUCACAUUCCUCCUCCCGCCCCAGGGCUUCGCCAACGAUACCCGCUACAGGAACGGCACCGAGCUGCCCAAGCUUGUGGCCACCCUAUCUUUCGGCUCGCCCCUGGUCCGCGUCGAUGUUGUCCCCCUGAGCAACUGCACCUCCGUCAAGGAGAAGGCGACCCUCGUCUUCGGCGAUACCCUCUCGCUGGGCCAGCCUGAGGGUCUGCCGUCGCUGUGGAAUCCCCGCGGCACGGUCGAGCUGAAGUGGGAUGGUCGCCUGGCGGACGGCACCUAUGCUCCCGCUGGCAAGUACAAGCUUGUUGUGCGGGCGCUGAGGGUGUUUGGUAACCCUGAUGAGAAGGGCGACUAUGAUGUUACUGAGACGGUGGAGUUCAAGGUGCGGUACAAGAAGACCGAGGAGGAGAAGAAGCUGAGGAGGUUGAGGAGACGGGCGGAGAAGAGGAGGCUUAGGGAGAUGCUCAACAGGCAUUGA